UAAUGCCGUCUCAGGAGACGAUAUCGUGUCUAUCUCACAGAGAUAUAGCUUCUCAGAAUGGUGAUAUCGUUAUACCUUGAUAUACCAACAGGAGGUGCGUGGGGUUUGGCAGUAUCAAUCUUCCUGGGCAGCAUGAUGAUUGUAGCGACUCUGGUGUUGGCUCUUGUUGGCCUGAGUGCCGCUGAUCUUCCCGUUGUCUGCUACUACGAAGAUAUUCGAGGCUCAUGGAGCUUCUCUGAAACGGAACGGAGGGGCGACAACACUAUCAACUGUGACACACUGGGUCCCAUCGUCUACACCAAGAACUUCACCUUCACCUUCCCCAACACUGUUACUGACGAGCUGGGCAACCAAGGCACUUGGACCAUGAUCUCCAAUCAAGGAUUUGAGGUGAACAUCAAUCAAAGGUCGUAUUUCGCUUUUUCCUACUACGAGGGAGACUGGGAUUCCUCGGUCUCCUACUGUGACCGAACACUCAACGGUUGGUCCAGGGACCGAACAGUUAGAAACUGGUCUUGUUUCAGCGCUGCCAAGUUAACACCAGUAGCCCCACGAGCGUCCAGCCUAGGCACGUCAGUGUCAGCCGAGCAGCACUAUCGCGUCGAUCACCAACUCAUUAGAAAGAUCAACGCAGCACAGACUUCAUGGACGGCUAAGGAAUAUCCCCAGUUUGAGAGAUACACGCUCAAGGAGAUGUUUUUGCGAUCUGGGGGCGCCGAGCUCCUUUCUUCAGCUCCUGUCGCCCCUGUGCCAUCGUCUGCCGAGCUGAAGGCCCGCGUAUCCCUCCUGCCGGACACAUUUGACUGGCGUGAUGUGGAUGGGAUAAACUAUGUGUCAGCAGUGAGGGAUCAGGAGUCCUGUGGGUCCUGUUAUAGCUUUGCUUCGGCUGCCAUGCUAGAAGCCAGACUGAGGAUCUCUACUCGCAAUCAACGGAAGGAUGUUUUCUCUGUCCAGGAUAUCAUGUCCUGCUCAAGCCUGUCACAGGGAUGCGACGGUGGCUUCAAGUAUUUAAUGGCUGGUCGGUAUGCACAAGACCAAGGUGUCGUGGCUGACGAGUGCAACCCCUACACCGCUGUGGAUGGCCCUUGCCAUACCAACACCUCCUGCAGCCGUACCUACGUCAGUGAAUACUCCUUCGUGGGCGGAUACUAUGGUGGGGGCAACGAAGACAUGAUCAUGGAGGCGCUGGUUAAUAAUGGGCCUGUCGCUGUCUCCUUCAUGGUCUACGAUGAUUUCCAUAGCUACGCUGGGGGGAUCUAUCAUUACACCAACUUGCGCAGUGAUUUUAAUCCUUAUUUGCCGACCAACCACGCAGUGCUGAUGGUGGGAUACGGUGAGGAGGAGAGCACUGGGGAGAAGUACUGGACGGUGAAAAACUCCUGGGGGGCUGAGUGGGGAGAGGAAGGCUACUUCAGGAUCAGACGAGGCACUAACGAAUGUAACAUCGGCUCCUUCCCAGUCGAGGCUACACCCAUACCCUAAUGAGGGACACCCCUAGUGACCAAGCCUUGAAGACCGAAUAACACCUGUCACCUUUUUCUGUCAGACGACGGUCGAGAAAACGAUUGGAAAUUACAAAUUCAAAAUGGACAAAAGUGGAGGAUACCUACUCCAAAAAUAAUACAAAUUAAAAUAAAAUGGUUGGAACAAAUCACAAAAUUCCUGGACUGACAAAAAGAAAGACGACAUUUCAGUCUGUCCUGGAUCACUGUCAAGUCACAGGUCGCAAGUGUGGCUUGAGACUGGUCCAGGAAGGACCGAAACGUCGUCUAAACUGUCUUUUCGUAAAUGUGGCUUUUGUGUGAUUUACCCAUAAACCUGAAUCGACUUUCACUUUUGUUUCGAAUACAAUAAUAAUCAGAAACCUUAAAAAUAAAACUGGCUCGGAGUCACUUCCACCCAGGACCGAAACGUCUUCAGUAAUGUUGUUCCUAGAGUUUGUAUUCAUGUCGUGUCUUCUCAAGGCUGCAUGUCACUUGUUCACCACCAGUCAACAACACUGUUCUUUAAUAGCUAAAAUAAAAAUCAGAGUAAA